CGCCAAUAAACCUAGCAUUUAGGUAUCGGCGUUUCGAUUUUCCAUCGUAAUAUUCCUACGAUACCCUUGUUGCGUUUCUUUCUCGCGGCUUCUGAUCUUACUCGCACAGUCAUACUUGCAGGCUUCACUCCUCCGAGAGCUACGAUUUUCCUUCCUCCAAGAUGGAUCUCGCUCGAAAAAGAUUUCUAAAUGAUAGUCAAGGAAGUCGAAAUAAGAACGCUGAAAGUUAACGAAGUGCAACUAUAGGUAGAGUUAGUUGGACAAAAGAGUUAGUACACCUCCUCUGUGACCUCUGCAUGCAAAAUGUUGAAAGGAAUAAGGGGAAAAGUGGUGGAGUAACUGGUCAAAGGUUGGCAUGGAAGAAAGUACAAGCUGAAUUUGUCAAACAUACAAACCUUCAUUGGGAUAAAGAUAAACUUAAGCAUAAGGUGGAUUGGAUGAGACAUAGGUGGGGUCUUUGGAAACUAUUGAAAGGAAAGGAGACGGGAUUGGGGUGGGAUCCUGUAAAAGGAACCAUUGAUGCCUCUGAUGAGUGGUGGAAUUUCAAGAUUAAGGAGAAUUCUGCAUUAAAGCCAUUUCGCGAAGAAGGGAUUGAACCUGAACUUGAAUCUAAGAUGGAUCAAAUGUUUGGUUUUUAUGCCCAAGGUGCAUUAAAAUACACUCCGGUGUGUGAUCUCACAGAAGAGGAUAUGCAAAUUGAAGAUGAUAAUGUGUAUGUUCCUUCACCACCUUGUAGUGGUACUCCACGCAAUCAGCUUGAUGACAUAGAUGCUUCAUAUGGUGGUAGUAGUUCUAAUACUCGUGAAGCAUGGGAUGAUGUAUGGAGAGACGAUAGCCCCCCUCAUUUCUCUCCUAUUGGUACACAAAUGGAAACAGAUGAAAGAAGGAGCAAUAAGAGAGUUGCAGUGAGUGAUGCACCACAAUCUAAUAAGAGUGCACGGGUUGAAACCACAAAGAGAGCAGGUAAAACUAAAUCAUUGGGUGACAAACUUGAUAACAUGAUGCAGCUCAUUGGAGAAAGGAACAAUACAUCUAAGGGAGUGCAUAUGUCAAUGAUGAACGUCAUGGACUCAAUGGUCACACCAAAGAAUGGAGAAAUUAUUGAAGCACUAGCAAAAAUAUGUGCUUUGCCAGAUUUAGAUCCAAGCACACCUGAAUUUUAUUUUGCUUGCACGAUGAUUGAGGAUCCACAAAAAAGAUGCAUUCUCCUAGGGUUACCAAAUGACCAGAUGAGAGUUGAAUACAUCAAGUUUGUAUAUGCUGAGCAGAAGAAGAGUUAAAAAGACAUCACUAUGUUAGCAUUACGUUUAAUUUUUAUCUCUUUUAAACUUAAUUAUGAAAUUAUGUUAUGGAUUGUCA